AUGUCACUUUACACGGAUGCUUAUUUUACUUCUCGAUAUUUUAUUUCGGACGAACAACUUAUGCCACGAUCUACCAAAUUCAUCUCAGUGCCGGAAUCAUCAUGCAAUAACCUUACAGUUUCGCAUCCUCGCAUAGAAGCACUGACGCUUGUAACGUGCGCUAACACCUUUUGUGACGAUUAUGAAGGAAGCGGCACUAGUAAUCGCAAAAGAGAUGAUGAAGGUGAAAGAAUUAACAAUAAUAGUAGAUAUGCAGCAAUCGGGAGAUCCUACAAUAGCGAUGACGUUCAUAAUGGUGGUGGUGAAGACAGCAAUAAUAAAGACUACGAUAAAGGUGACAAUGAUGACAAAAAUGUCGAUUCCACGCACAAAUGGCGCAGAAUCAGAAUCUGUGAUGAACGAUCACGACAACAACGAAAGUUGGAGGGACAUAGGGAAAAACAGUGGUCGAAAAAACGAGAUACAAUCAACCAGUUUAUUGGAAGUUUUGUCCUAUUUGUCAGCACUAUGCGAAUCUCGCUGGCUUGUCCUGAAAUUAUUACAUCAAUCUGUGGUUGUGAAGAUUCACAGAACGGUAUAAUCCUUAAAUGCUCACAAAGUAAUGGAUCCCAGGUUGUCUACAUGUUAAGAGCUAAUCAGAUCAAUUUGGGUCUGAUCCAACAGUUAGAAAUGAAACAUUCUGGACUGAAACACAUUCCUGCUGGAUUUUUUUCUGCAUUAUUUAUCAAGAAACUGGAUUUGUCAUAUAACAGUAUUACAGAUAUCGACGAAAAUAGCUUCCUGGGGAUGAACAAUGUUUUACAGGAACUUAUAUUACAUCAUAACAAUUUAACACAGUUACCAUCUAAAGCACUAACACCAUUAUCAGCACUCUUACGGCUCGAUUUGUCCAAUAAUUCAAUUGGCGAUAUUGAAGCGGAGCAUGCCUUUCCAAAAUUAUCGAAGUUAUAUGAUGUUAGCUUAGCGAAUAAUCGCAUAUGCCAGAUACAUACGAAUGCAUUUGACAAUAUAAAAAACAGUGUGCAAACGAUUAAUCUUGGCAGGAAUUGUUUGAAGGAAGUGCCAGCACAAGCAAUUCGAGGAUUCAAACAGUUGAUGGCAUUGCAUUUACACAAUAACAACAUCAAUUCGCUGGGAGCGCUGUCAUUCUUGAACUUACCACUAAUUAAUUUGCUGAAUUUGGCAUCAAAUCAGAUCUCAACUAUUCAUAAACAAACAUUCCUCAAUGUACCUAACCUGCGAUACAUGUACCUGACCCGAAAUCGAAUAACUGAUAUCAUACCAUAUCAGUUCAGUUCAUUCGAACAACUUGAAAUGCUUGAUCUAACUGGAAACUACCUGACUGAACUACGGGAAAAUUCGUUUUCAAAUUUGAAAAAUUUGCGGCAACUAUACCUAGGUGAAAACCGCAUCACCAGCAUAAAACCAGGUAGUUUUGCAAACAAUUCAGUGGUAAUUUUGAUUCUGAAUUCAAACCGCCUCGUGGAACUUCAAGAAGGAAUGUUUGACGGAUUGACUAAAUUGCAGCAAUUAGCCCUCAAGGAUAACCAGAUCCGGUCCAUCGAUCAGAAUAGUUUUUAUUCCAAUCCAGGUUUAGCAAUGCUUGACUUGAGUAAUAAUGAACUGAUUGAUGUACCACCUUCAACAUUUCUGGCUCAAGUUAACCUAUUCCUUAUCGAUCUAAGCAAUAACAAACUGGUUCGUACACCCUACGGAGCAUUCAGUAGACGCGUAAAAACAGUACUUCUACAGGAAAAUCCUUUGGUCUGUUCGGAACGGGUGCACAUGCUACAACAAGGUGUAGGAAUCUACAUAGCAAGCAGUGAAGACGUUAUUUGUGGACCACAUAAAAAUCCUGGUCGAAAUAGCACCGGAAAUACUACUGAUGCUACAAAUAUGCCGUCAACUUCUACCUAUUUUAUUGUUGAUGAUGGAGAAGAGAACAAUUUUAAACAGGGGGAGAAAUUCUUGCCUCCUAAAAUUCCACCAGUUAUUCGUCCGCUCUCCAGUAUCGAUAAUGAAGUAAACAAACUAGAAACUAAUGUUGGCGAGCAAGAAAAAAUCGGUACAAAUAAAAUGAUUCCAGUAAGACCUAUUAAUCUACCCCGGCAAUCAUCAGAGAUAUUCAGCACUCAUGCUAUUGAAAGUCAAGAAAGCACAAUUCCUGAAUUUCGGGAUUCUGGCACGAAAAUAUUUGAAGACAAGGUGUUGGAGGAUGUGGAAAUGCGUAACAGAAACGGAAGUCAGAAUCAUCAACAUCAGUUUGAUAACACUAACAUAAUACAUCCAUUUCCGGUACCAUUCUUAAAACGCCCCUCAAAACUUUCAAAAGCAUAUGUAGCUGCACCCGGAACUACAACAGCCGCAGAUCCAAUAUUUGCAAAUAACAGAACUUCCAGUGAACAAACACUGCCACCCAGUAUCGUUAUCGCCAAUAAUGUAGAGGAGUCUGACCAUACGACUUCAGCACAGAAGACUGAUAAAGAUCAUCACAUCGAUAAAAAUUUUGUGGAAAAUACAAAGGAAGCACAAGAAAAUGGAAACCAGAUUUUUUUUGAUUUGGAUAAUACAGAAAGGCUCGAACGUGUAACAGCUCCAUCGGUUAUUAUCUUGAUUUGUUUAAGUACCGUUGCCAUUGUUAUGGCUGCCGUGCUUAUCGGUUUGUGUGUUGUUAAACAUCGCCGUUUGCAAACUUGCCAUGGCUCGAUGACAACCGACAGCGCCGCACGUACUAAUGCUUAUGUUGCUGCUCAGCUCGAUAUGAUUUAUGGAACAGUAAGACGGAAUCGAAAUGCACCGAUGCUAAAUCGAUUUGAUGGUGGACAACCAUGGAUUUAUACGCCUGCUUCGUACGGAACUACCGGUUACUACAAAUAG